CCCUCCAGCAUGUAAUAAUAAAAGCAUAGGAUUCCCAAGCACACUUUUAGCAAAACAUUCUAUGCAUUAUAUUCAAGUUUUGCUAUGAUUACCAAAAAAAAAUUUAAGAUAAAAACGGUGCCUACAACAUAUUGCAUUCUUCUGCAAGCUAGCUUUGAUAUAUAGUUUCUCAUUUCAAUUGCAGAACUUACACCAUCUCAGGCGCAAACAUGAGCAGCAAGAUUCUCAAAUUCCUGCUCUUACCAUGCCUCCUGAUCAUUGCUUUACAACAUGGUCUCUUCGCCACUGCCAAGGUUCAAGCUACUGGUUCAGGCAAGCCCCUUCACCCUUUCUCACUCUUUUCUUGCCAAAUCUGGCAAAAUGCUUCAUCUGAAAAUCACCUCACCUUCUGUGUCACCAGACAAUACAAAAUUUAACUACAAAAAUCACCUCACAUGUACUAACUAUUACUCAUGUGCUGCAUCUUGUAUCACAGCCCCCUUUAGAGUCAAGCCUGCACAAUCCAGCUCCAGAUUGCAAAGGGAAGCCUCACAGCAUAGGGUUGGAGAAAAGAGGGUUCGGAAAGCUCCAUCCGGGCCUAACCCAGUUGGCAAUCACAGUCCAACCACAAAGCAAUAGAUCACUGGAUGCACUCUCCUAGCAAGUAAACAUAGCAUCUAUUCUUGUAAGGUAGAGUGUAAGAUGAUGGAUUCAUUAGACAGCAAGUCCUGAUGCCUAGGUUUUGUGCCUGUAUAUUAGUGGAAUUUAUAUGGAAAUGCCAGAGCAAUUAUGUAUAAAAUGUAGGCUUGUCUAGAUGCAGCAUAAAUCCUU